AAGUUUUUAGAUUUUGGGUGGGGGUCAGCCAGGUUUGGCUGUGUGGACGCCACUGGGCAUUGCUUCAGGGCCCGAGACGGGCUCUCCCGGCUCCAUCCAUCAUCUGCAGUCGGCAGUUUAGAUCCCAGCCUAUGAGCUAUGUUCGGCGACGGGGCCUUGUUAAGAAGCUGCUUCUGGGGACUGCAGUCAGCGUUGCGGUCACUGCCGGGGUCAGGCUUUCCAUGACCGACUCCCGGGAGCGAAGGCAGCUCAGGAUCCUGGCUGAGGGCAUCAGUCGCUUCUUCAGGUCUCUUCACGUCGGAAUAAAAAUCUCCACAGACUAUUGGUGGACGAUGAACAUUGACCUGCGGGGAAUGGAGGAGAACAGCCAGAACUACUUAGCAAAAAUGUCCGCUUGUCACCAGCGAGCAGCGAAUAACAUCGUGGAGGGAGCCAUCAAGAACGGGGGCCUGUACAUCAAACUGGGGCAGGGGCUGUGUGCCUUCAACCACCUGCUGCCCCCAGAGUACACGAACACCCUGCGUGUGCUGGAGGACCAGGCCCUCAGAAGGAUGGAACAAGAGGUGGACGUGUUAUUUUGGGAAGAUUUCAACACCAGCCCAGACAGGCUCUUCAGGAAAUUUGACUAUGAGCCAUUCGCGGCCGCCAGCCUGUCCCAGGUACACAAGGCAGAGCUGCCUGACGGGACUCCUGUGGCUGUCAAAGUGCAGUUCAUCGAUCUACGGGACCGGUUUGACGGAGACAUCCUGACUCUGGAGUUCCUCCUGGACAUCGUUGAACUGAUGCAUCCAAAGUUUGGCUUCCGCUGGGUGCUCCGGGACCUGAAGGGGGCACUAGCGCAGGAGUUGGACUUUGAGAAUGAGGGCCGGAACGCGGAGCGCUGUUCCCAGGAUCUCAAAGACUUCAAAUACGUGGUCAUCCCGAAGGUAUACUGGGACAAGAGCAGCAAGAGAGUCCUGACUGCGGAUUACUGUGAUGGGUGUAAAAUCACCAACCUGGCGGAACUGAAGGAGCGGGGUGUGAAUGUGAAAGACGUUUCAGACAAGCUGAUCAGGGUCUUUGCCGAGCAGAUAUUUUACACGGGCUUUAUCCACGCUGAUCCUCACCCUGGAAAUGUACUGGUGCGGAGAGGGCCUGAUGGUCAAGCACAGCUAGUGCUACUGGAUCACGGACUGUACGAGUUCCUCAGUAUGAGGGACAGGAAGAAUCUCUGCAAACUCUGGCGUUCCAUCAUCAUCCACAACGAUGCUGAUAUGAGGAAAUACUCCUGGGAGCUGGGUGUCCAAGACUACUUCCUGUUCUGUGAGAUCCUGAUGCAGAGGCCCAUCAACAUGCGAGUGAGUACGCUGUACCUGGCGAACGUCCUGAGCCGCGAGGAGACGCGCUACAUGAGGGACAUGGCCACUCAGCACUUUGACCGCAUCAUGCAGGUGCUGAAGGCCCUGCCCCGGCCCAUGCUGCUCGUCUUCAGGAACAUCAACACCGUGCGAGGCAUCCACAGCGCCCUGGGCUCCCCCGCCAACCGCUACCUUCUCAUGGCCAAAAGGUAACCCCCUCCCCACCCCACUGGCA